AUGGCCGACUACGUCACGUCCGACACCCGCGGCAAGGACAAGGACCGAGACAAGGAGAAGGACAAGAAAAAGGAAAAGGACAAGAGCGGUGGCAGUAAGAAGCACGACGACAGGGACCGGGACGACGGCGGCGACGGGGAGAAGAAGAAGAAAAAGGAGAAAAAGAGAGAAUACAAGUGCUUGUGUAUCUGUUGGUGCAGCAAUUACUGCGGUGAGCCGAACGGGAUUUGCUACCGGUGUGGGCAGGGCAGGCACCAGAAGAGGCCUGCAAAGGUCUUGUCAAAAGCUCAGAACAGGAGCCUUCGAAUAGUAGUAGGGGCAUACAAGUCAGCUCCUAUUCGGUGCCUAGAAACAGAGGCCUGGGUGCCACCGCUAGACUUAUAUCUCAACAAGCGGCUGGCUGACUUCGAGGGCCGGCUACAGAAGCAGGCCCUACAAUCAGAUGCCGGGCCGGAGGCUGAGAGAAUAACCACGGGGCAUCUAAUCACUGAGGCCUGCAAUAAGGUCUACCGAAGGUUCAACAAGAGGAGGAAAACCCGAGGCCGGAGGCCCCGUCAGGGCCCGCAGAGCCCCACGCCCACUGAACUAGCCGCUAGUGUAGUGGCCCAGUGGGUUAACUACAAAUGGAAGAUCGGGGGGAAGGAUAGGGGGUCGAAUACCAAGGAGGUGGUCGAACUGGCCUGGCAGGCCCGGUGGGAACAACAGAGAGCUAGUCAACAAAGUACUACUCGACAGAGGGUAUUAAACAGGAGGAUAGCCGACGAAGACCCCCCAGCCCUCUUAUUUACCGACAAAGCUCUGAUGAGACACGAAGGUCUCACAAAGGCGCAGAGCUCCCUCCUUUCCCAGGCCCGUAUCGGGGAUAUAGGCCUCCGGGACUACCUGUUCAGGGUGAAAGUCCCGGCGGUCCGCACCCUCUAUUGCGAGUGCGGGAGAGGCAGGGAGACGGUGGAGCACUUGGUGGUUUGGUGCCCCGACCCGCCGUUACAAAGGCCGUGGGACGGCAGAGAGAUUCGGUCACAUCGGGACCUACAAGCCGUAUUACGGGGAGUAGGCGCCCGGAGCAGAAGAUUUGUUAGGAAGGUCCUUGGCUGGCUGAUGGACUCUGGCCGGCUACUGGAGUAUAGCCUGGCCAGAAGGCUGGAGCUAGAAACAGUGGAUGGGGAGGGCUAG